UCGGCAGCGGCGUGGAGAUCGCUGGGAGCGUGGCUACCAGCCGGGAGCUGAGGUAAGGCUGUGGCUUUGGUCUGCCAGGCCGCGAGCUAACUGGCUGAUCCAGUUUAUAAAAAUGGAAUUUCAAGCAGUAGUGAUGGCAGUUGGUGGGGGAUCUCGGAUGACAGACCUGACUUCCAGCAUUCCCAAACCUUUGCUUCCAGUUGGGAACAAGCCUUUAAUUUGGUACCCACUGAACCUGCUUGAGCGUGUUGGAUUUGAAGAAGUCAUAGUGGUUACAACCAAGGAUGUCCAGAAGGCUCUAAGUGCAGAAUUCAAGAUGAAAAUGAAGCCAGAUAUUGUGUGUAUUCCUGAUGAAGCCGACAUGGGAACUGCAGAUUCUUUGCGCUAUAUAUAUCCAAAACUUAAGACAGAUGUGUUGGUUCUGAGUUGUGAUCUGAUAACAGAUGUUGCCUUACAUGAGGUUGUGGACCUGUUCAGAGCUUAUGAUGCAUCACUCGCCAUGUUAAUGAGGAAAGGCCAAGAUAGCUCAGAGCCAGUUCCAGGUCAAAAGGGCAAAAAGAAAACAGUGGAGCAGCGUGACUUCAUUGGAGUGGACAGCACAGGAAAGAGGCUGCUUUUCAUGGCUAAUGAAGCAGACUUGGAUGAAGAGCUGGUCAUUAAGGGAUCCGUCCUGCAAAAGUACCCCAGAAUACAUUUCCAUACAGGUCUCGUGGAUGCCCAUCUCUACUGCUUGAAAAAAUACGUUGUAGAUUUCCUAAUGGAAAAUAGAUCAAUCACUUCUAUCCGCAGUGAGCUGAUUCCAUACCUAGUAAGAAAACAGUUUUCCUCCGUUUCCUCACAACUGGGGCAAGAAGAAAAAGAGGAGGAUCUAAAGAAAAAGGAAUCAAAAUUCUUAGAUAUUUACAGCUUUAUAAAAGAAGCCGAUACCCUCACCCCAGCCCCCUAUGACACCUGCUGGAAUGCCUGUCGCAGAGAUAGAUGGGAAGACUUGUCCAGAUCACGGAUACGCUGCUAUGUGCACAUCAUGAAAGAGGGUCUCUGCUCUCGAGUGAGCACAUUGGGACUCUACAUGGAAGCAAACAGACAGGUGCCCAAAUUGCUGUCUGUUGUUUGUCCAGAAGAAUCACUAGUCCAUGCAUCAGCCCAGAUUGCCAACAAACACCUGAUUAGCGUGGAUAGCCUCAUUGGACCAGAUACACAAAUUGGAGAGAAGACAUCGAUUAAGCGCUCAGUCAUUGGUUCCUCCUGUCUCAUAAAAGAUCGGGUGACUGUUACCAAUUGCCUUCUCAUGAACUCAGUCACUGUGGAGGAAGGAAGCAACAUCCAGGGCAGCGUCAUCUGCAACAAUGCUGUGAUUGAGAAAGGAGCAGACAUUAAAAACUGUUUGAUUGGAAGUGGCCAGAGGAUUGAAGCCAGAGCUACACGAACAAAUGAAGUGAUCGUGGGAAAUGACCAGCUCAUGGAAAUCUGAAUUCUGAGCAAGUUGGACUCCUUCCUUUUGACAUCCACAGUUACCGAUGUUGGCUGGCCCACCUGUUUGACUCUGUAUUUAUUUUCCAAUAAAGAAGGACUUCCAAGUA